GACCCCCACAGGAAUCAGAGACCACAUAGAGACCCCCUCAGGGCCCAAAGACCCCCUAAGACACCAGAAACCCCACUAAGGACCCCUUCAGUAGCCCGAAACCCCACUAAGGACCCCCACAGGAAUCAGAGACCACAUAGGGACCCCUUCAGGGACCCCCACAGCGACCAGAAACCACAUAGAGACCCCUUCAAGACCCCCACAGCGACCAGAGACAACAUAAAGACCCAUUUAGACACCAGAAACCCCACUAAGGACCCCUUCACACAACAGAACCCCCACCAAGGGCCCCCUCAGCUGGCGGAGGCGCGGCGGCGGCUGGAGGCGGCGCUGGCGUGGGGGGGGCAGCAGGAGGAGGCGCGGCGGCGGCUGCAGAGGGAGCUGGAGGCGGCGGGCGCCGAGCUGCAGGCGGUCAGCGGCGAGCAGGAGAAACUGGACAGGAACCGGACCAGACUCAGGGCGGAGCUGGACGACGCCCUGCAGGAGCUGCAGGAGCAGAGGGCCAUCAGCUCCGGCCUGGAGAAGAAGCAGAGGAAGUUCGACCAGGUCCACGAGCUGGAGAAGGUGAGGCGCGGGCUGGAGGCGGGGCUGGAGGAGGCGCGGGCGCAGCUGGAGGAGCUGGAGGACGAGCUGCAGGCGUCCGAGGACGCGCGGCUGCGUCUGGAGGUGAACGGCCAGGCCGAGAGGGCCGCGCACCAACGGGAGCUGCAGAACCGAGAGGAGGCGGCCGAGGAGAAGAGGAGGACGCUGCUGCGCCAGCUGCGGGAGCUGCAGGAGGAGCUGGAGGAGGAGCGGCGGCAGCGCGGCCAGGCCUCCGCCGGCAGGAAGAAGCUGGAGGCGGAGCUUAAAGACGCCGAGGACCAACUGGACGCCGCCAGCAGGGGGCGCGACGAGGCGCUCAAGCAGCUGCGCAGGAUCCAGGGGCAGCUGAAGGAGCUGCAGAGGGAGGUGGAGGAGGGCCGCGCGGCCCAGAAGGAGCAGCUUUCCUCGGCCCGGGAGGCGGAACGCCGAGCCAAAGCCGCCGAGGCCGAAGUCCUGCAGCUGAACGAGGUGCAGCCGGAUCCCCCAGGAAGCUAA